AUGAUUGAGGACAAAAGUACGUUUAAUCAGAAUGAGUGCAUUGGAGGUAUAAACCAGAGUAUUGGUAUAACUACAGAAAAAGCUCAGAUAAGCGUCCAGAAUUUUGGUUCUAGCUCUAUUAGUAGUAGCAGCAAUCUGGGAGGUUCAAAAUCAUUUUCAACCUGUAGAAGAUGGAUGGUUUCCGGGAGAUUUCAAGAUAUACUUCCAAAAGAGUCACUAACAAUGAGCCUCAUGGAUUGGGAAGACUUAUAUAGAAGAGAAAGGCUUGCUCAAGUACACCAUAGUGUCUAUACAACUUCAGGAUGUUUUCUACAGCUUGAUCAGAGACAGCUUGUGAUGAGCUGGAUCAGUGAUGUGGCCCACAGACUUGCAUGGGAGAAGAGUACUUUUCAUAUCGCCACAAGUUUAAUAGACCAAUAUAUGUUUUGUUUAGAGAGAGAUCCGAUUUCCAGAAGAAAGCUCGAUAGAAGCUCUCUUGCAGCCACAUUUGCAGCAGCAGUAGUCACUGCAGCAUCUCUAGGAGAAUGUUUAGGUGAGUGCCACGAUAGAAAGCACUGUCCUGGGUUGCCUCCUUUGCAUAGAUUCGUCCAGAGUAGUGGUAUAAUUCGAUCAAGUAGGGACAUUGUUGAGAUGCAAAUCCAACUUUUGGUUCAGACAUCCAGAUAUGGUGGCCCCUCUCUACUAAACAAAACUCCAGCUCAUAUGACCCUACACUACCUCUCAAGACUUAAACAUCUGGUGGAUUCUCUCUACAACUCCUUAUCCGAAGUUCUUCCUGGGUCCUCCUGGCCAUUUGGAUCCCAAAAUAGAGAAAAUUUUCCCCCAAAGGUAGCUAACUCUAACUACAAUGGUGGUCUAGAUGGUGGUACUACCACAAAUGUUAACUUAGAAACUGGGCGUCCCGACGAAAUCCUUUGCUGUAAGAAGGGAGCCUGUUGGGCCAAUAAGAUUGGGCUCAGUACGACAGUAGGACAGGCAGUCCUUGGAAUCCGUGAGAAGAUCAAUUAUGCUUAUCUAUUCGAGAAGAUUAUGUUUGCACACGAACUUGCUCUUUACUCAGGGCUUAAUUUGCUAGUCCCAGGUAGCAGAAUCGCAGCAUGUGUUCUUAUAAACAUUCUAAUCAGCUAUGACCCCAUCCUUCAGUUUCCCUCACAUCAGAAUAUACUUUAUAACAGCUUGUGCCUACUUGAUUAUGAUACUGGGAUCAGACCAUUUAUGCCGUAUCUCGAUCCUUUGGUUCGCAGGGUUAUUUCUAUGUCAAUGGAGAGCAUACAAGCAUUAGAAAAUAGUGGCGCCGGCGGCAAGCACGGCGGGGCGAAGGCGGGGGUUCCAGUUGGUAUGCCACUGGACGAUACAUGUUCAGGAGUCAUUUUGAUUCAUAAGCACCAUGUAAUUCCAGAGAAAUUACUGAACGGAUUAUGGGUUUCUAACUUGAUUGCAAUGCAUUCAAGAAUGAACCAACCGAACAUAAUGACUCCAUUUUCACUAUCAUCUCCGAACUCUAUUCCGGUUUCCCCACAUUCAAGUUUAGGUUCAGCAAGUGGAUCGCCUGGUACUUUUCAGUGUUCUCCUUUGUUUUAUUCACUGGGUGGAUCCAGAUGUUACUUGGAUGAUAAGGCAAUUGUUCAAAAUAUAGGAAAAGGUAGAUUUGCGGGUGUGGGAGGUAGCAGUGGUGGUCUUGCAGCUUAUGGAGCAAAUACUGGUAGUAACAACAGUAGAUGUGGUGGGAGGAUGCAAUAUUUGGAGAAUUCGGGCGGGCUUUCUGGCAAGAGAGUCCUCACGGAAGGUGAGCAUAGUGAGAUUCAGUAUGAUUCGGGUGAUUAUAAAAGGGAUUCCGUUUCCUUGAAGCUCCUCCAGAAGCAGCAAAAUCAUAGACACUUUAUUGGUAAUCACUUGCAUCUUGUCAGUAAUAGAGUUAGUGAUGACCAACACUUAUAUACAACCUGUUCCACAGCAACUAACUCUCCUCUUUUAGGAGGGCCUAUUUAA